AUGUCUAAAGCCCUCUCUCACGCAAAGAUCGUCCCUCGACGCUCCACAGAGCGCGGCCACGCGGAUCACGGCUGGCUCAACUCCUACCACACAUUCUCGUUCGCAGGCUAUUACGAUCCCAAGUUUCAAAAUUUUGGCUCUCUGCGGGUCCUCAAUGAGGACAGAGUCGCAGGCGGCUCCGGCUUCCCAACACAUCCUCACCGUGAUGCCGAAAUCUUCAGCUACAUCCUUAAUGGCGAGUUGACACAUCGGGACAGUAUGAUCAAAAAGGGUUCCGAGGGCACACAAGGAGAUGAUUUCUUCCGAAUGAAGAGGAACGAUGUCCAAUUCACCACUGGUGGAAGGGGUAUCGCACACUCAGAACAAAACGAAUCUGAUGAAGAGGUCCAUUUUCUACAAAUCUGGGCUCUGCCAUGGUCCAGAGGCCUCACACCACGAUAUCACACCAAGACUUUCUCCGAAGAAGCAAAGCGCUCUGCUUUCCUCCCAAUCCUUUCACCCCUGAAAGCCGGCCCAGGCGCAUCAGAAGCAGAAGAGAAGGCCGCAGAACCAACAUUAGAAAACACGAUACCCAUUCACGCAGAUUUCGUCAUGGGAGCAGGCAUAAUUGGCGUGGAUAAGCGAUUCAAGUGGACUGUAGGCGCUGAUGCCGUCAAGAAGACUACGGGCAGGAAUGUUUAUAUUCAUGUGCCGAUGACGAAGAAUGGAAAUGCAAAGAUCAGACUUGAUGGAAGAGAGGAUGCGGUCAUCGGGGAGGGUGACGGAGCUUUUGUUAGCAAUGUCAAUGCUGGGGAUGUGUUGAGCUUUGAGAGCAUUGGUGAGGCUGAAGCCGAGGUUGUGGUUUUAGAUAGUGAUUAG